AUGUUGCCGGAUAUACUAAGAAGCAGGUCACGGGUGCCUUGUUAUUUACUGGGUAUUGUGUUGGAAAUAUUAUUGGGCCGCAGACUUUCAAGGAAAGUGAGGCGCCAGGGUAUCAUAGUGCUUAUAUUGUUGCCCAAUUCUAGGUUGCGGAUACUUGCUGGGUAUUCGGUCAAGUUAACUGCUAUCCUUAUUCUUUAUGCAUAUAUGUACCUUGAAAAUAAGCGACGGGAUCGCGAGGCUCUUGGGAGGCAGGAAAGUGAACAGGAUGGAAUUGAAAAUGGGAUGUUGGAUCAAACAGAGAUUGAUAAUAAGGAGUUCCGAUAUCGUUCCAAUACGUCGUUCUGUAAGCUCCGCCUUCUUUGCUCCGGCAUAAAACGCUCGCCCUGCCCUUUCGACCUCUUUUCCCUCCCUUACCUUCGCUUCAACUCCUCUAUCUUGCACUCCUCGCCACCCCCUUGCUCUUCAUCUCGCCCCUACCGACGAUUGCGCCUAGGCUUUCAGCCUGACGCAGCGCCCCUUCCAUUUUACCAGAGAUGCCGCUCGAUCCGACGCCGAGCUUGCAAUACCUCUUGUCUUGAACAGAGCCCCUGGGGUGAUCUAGGCCACAGCGGCAUCGUAGCCAUUUCGCACCGAUCCUGUUACUUUCCUCUGAACUGA